AUUACGUACCAAUCACUUUACAAUUAACACACUCUCUUCUCUCUCUAGCCCUCUCUCUCUCUGUAACAAUGUCUAGGGUUUUCAUCUCUAAGAUGCUCUCUCUCACUUGUCGACGUUGCUACAGCAUCGCGACGGAGAGUUCGCAUGCUGCGCAUGCAGCGACAUCGACGGUGGUGAGGACGGAGGGUGCGACGACCGCGAAGCAGGCGGCAGCGGAGGGAAAGGAGGUGUUCUGGAUGAGGGACCCGAAAACGGGAUACUGGGUACCGGAGAACCGGUUCGACCAGGUCGACGCCGCGGAGCUCCGAGCUCGGUUGCUUCCCAAGAGAUCAAACCAUGAAUGAGAAACGCGAGCAUUCAUGCACUAGCUCUACUUUUUUCUUUUUUUUUUUGUCCCCACUCUUUUACGUGCGUUUUGUGUUUAAUUUGUGUUUAGUGUUUUUAAGGAGUUGCAUCACAAUUACCAGGCUAAGGGUGUAAUUCUCGUCUUGUUUGAUUAAUGAAGUCUAAGUUUAUUGUGUUUUUUCGCGA